UUACUCGAAGGCGACUUGUGUUGUCUUUGACUCUUGUGUACUGUUACGUGUCUUGGGCCCUAACCCUGAGAUUGAAUAGUUGCUUUCGUGUUCGCAUCGCCGAUCGAUCACCGGCAUCUUGCUUGCAUUCCAUGGACGCGGCGCCGGUAGGGUUUUCUGCGCUUCCGUCUGGGGAGCCGGAUGAUGUUCAGAAUUUCGAGGCGUCCGUGGCGGCGGUGGAGAGAUUAAUCAAAUACCAAUUUCGUGACAGGAGGCGUCUCGAAGAUGCCUUGACGCAUCCCUCCUAUACAGACUCUUCCUCCUAUCAGCGACUCGAAUUUGUAGGUGAUGCUGCUCUAGGUUUGGCUAUAUCCAAUCUUGUUUUCCUGCAGUACCCCGACGCCGACCCCGGCAAACUAUCGUUGGUGCGAGCGGCCAACAUUAGCACCGAGAAGCUCGCCCGCGUCGCCGUCCGCCACCAGUUUUAUAAGUAUGUUCGCCAUAACGCUGCCGUUCUUGACGAAAAGGUAAGGGAUUUUCUAGCGGCCAUAGAAGAAGAGGAUGGCACUGAGUGUUAUGGGGGUUUGGUGAAAGCACCCAAAGUUCUUGCCGACAUUGUGGAAUCAAUUGCAGCUGCCGUAUACGUUGAUUCCGGCUUUGACUUAAAGCUUAUGUGGAAGAUCAUUGGAGGCUUUUUAGAACCUCUUGUUAUGCUUGAUGCGCUGGAACAUCAACCACAGCCAGUGACGAUGCUGUACGAAUUAUGCCAAAAGGCUGGGAAGCAAAUCGAUAUAAAACACUGGAGGAAAGAAGAUAGAAACAUUGCGAGUGUCUAUGUAGAUGGGGAGUUUAUAGCUUCAGCUUCUUCCGAGCAAAAGGAGAAUGCUAAGCUUCAUGCUGCAAAGGCUGCUCUCGAAAAACUAUCUCCUGAAACAACCGAGAUUGAUAUACUCAGUGAACUCAAUGGGAAUGAGAUUGGUGCGAAACAUAAGCUGCACGAGCUUUGUGGCAAACGGAAAUGGCCUAAGCCGAUUUACAAACUCCAGGAAGAGGGCGGGCUUGCUCAUAACAAGAGAUUCAAAUGCUCGGUCGAAAUUGAGGUUGAUGAAGGCAUACUGUUCGUAAAGGGGGAGGAUAAGGCGCGAUUGAAGGCUGCAGAGAACUCAGCUGCCUUUUUAAUGCUUCAUGGACUUAAAGAGAGGAAUUAUAUAUGAUUCUCGCCACCUCGCCGGAACAUUGUAAGAAUAUUCGAUAUAUUAGGUUUUGUUCAUCCAUAACAUUUGUAUCUAUGAUCGAUGACUUGAAACAUUUAGCUCUCUCUCUGGUUUAUGAAAAGACUAUUUUUAAGUAA